AUGGCAGCCACCAAAAUCCUGGAGGCCCAUCGCAAAUCCUUUGUGUCGCAGCGAGCGCUUGCUGAGAUAUUACAGCUGCUGCCGGAAGAGGAGGACCAACCCGCAACGUCCAGGGCCACCUUGAAACGGAAGCGAGACGUGAAGAUGAACCUCGCCACUCCGUACGGGCCACUGUGGAAGGAACUCACUGGUUUCACCAUGAAGGACGGGCCGCCACUCAAGGUGAGCUACGUCGAUCCGCUGGCGUUGCUUUGGCAUGCCUGCAAUCAAGGGGGUGGCUUCCAGGAGUUCCUGCAGAACUGUGCAGCGAGAAGCCCCUGCAGUCCACGGCAACCAUGGGAUAUAUGCCUUUAUGUGGACGAAGUCUCUCCGGGUAAUCAACUGAAGCCGUUAAACGAACGCAAGCUCCAAGUGCUGUACUUUUCCCUGAAACAGUUCGGGGGCUUGGCGCUGAGCAAAGAAGACUCGUGGUUCGUGCUGACUGCAGUGCGUUCCACCGAUGUCAAGCGCCUCACAGACGGCAUGACGCAGCUCAUGAAGAGGCACAGCUUCGUGAGUGCUUCCCGCUGGCCGUCUGCGGUUGGGGACAAAGGCGCCUCCGUCAAGAAAGUCUUCGCUAAGAAGAUGAGCGAGUUCAAAUCCGCGUCGUCGGAGGCUAUGGCAUUGUACCCGGUGAUGCGGGCCUUCUUGCAGGAGAAACUGCCAAGCGUCCGGGACCACGAGUGCAGGGAAUGCUGCCGCUGCUUUUUCAUUCUUUGCGAAGUCCUGGACCUCCUCUAUAAGACGGCGGCACCACAGGAUCCUUCAAACCUAGCUGCUGUUCUGGAGCAGAAAAUCGCAGCCCACCUGGAGCUGUUCAAACAAUGCUACGGGGUGGAAAAGGUCAUUCCAAAGCACCACCUGAACAUGCACCUGGGGGACCUGCUGCGGCGUCAUGGCGUGCUCCUCUCGUGCUUCGUGCACGAGAGGAGGCACAAGGAGAUAAAGAGAUACGCGAAUAACCUCGACUCCAUGCAGGCAGGAUCCGAAAAACACAUUCUGGAAAUGGAAUUGGAGGAACACCUAAAGAACCUCCUCGUUUUCUCCGAAAGGAGAACGGGGUUGGUCAACCCCAAGGCUGCCGCCGGGUUGGUGCAAAGUGCUUUCUGCGAUUUCUUUUCUUUGCCAGGCUGUCCUGGACUGCUCGUAAGCAUGUCGUGCCACGUCGGGAAUGGCAGGCUGUGCAAGCGAGAGGACGUGGUCGUGGUCCGUGCGCCCAACGGCGAAUCAGUGGCACAGGUGUGGUUCCAUGUGGAGUUCAACGGACACGGCUACACGUGCAUGUCCGACUGGCGCGAUUUGGGGCGAAAUCGUUUUCAAACCUGUGAGGAGCCUGUGUUCCGAGCAACUGAAGACAUCUGCAGACUUUGUGCUUUCAAGACAGAGGGUGACCGUGCUUUGGUCAUACCGCUCAGUAUGCCCAUGUGA